AUGAAUAUUUUCACAGUAUAUAUUAUACUAUUAACUGUGAUAAAUGUUAUAGCCACCAAAGCUAGCUACCGUGAGUUUCCAGAAUCCGCUAAACAGCAAUUGGAACGGGGUCGAGCAGCAUAUGUCGAAAUUAUCGCCAAUGCCACUAGUGCCAGCACUAUCCCUGAAUCUACCGGCCUGGCAAAUAUCGCCAGCAAAGAUGUCAAUUUGAUAUCUGUUAAGCAUAUUUCGGAAGGAGAUUGUUGGAAUUUUGUGCUGGAAGAGGUGGAAUCGUUGGAUUUGGAAAAGUGUGAAGGUGAGGGAGAUUCAUCGCGAUCACUAAUAGCUCUCGCUAGAACAAGGUGCUUCUUUUUCAAAUCCCAACGCCCAUUCCCUACAAUUAAAGAUGGAUGCAUACUAAAUCCUAGAAAUAUCCCAGCAGAAAUGUUAAAAACACAAUUCCCUAACUUUGAAACUAACCCAUGUAUCAAUGAUUACAAAAGUCAUGAUUGCGAGAGGCUCAAAUUUGAAAUAGUCAAAAAAUGUACUUCAUCAAAAAUCCUAUCCGAUUCUGCCUUUCAAAUCUUUCACGCAGAUGUAAAUCACAUAGAUGACAUUUGUUUCUACCUACAAUCCACUGCUUGGAGGCAACGAACGGAAUAUAAUAUAAAUAAAUUGGGAGAAUCAGCUGGAACAAUCAUUGAAUCUCACAGCUUGAUACAAAGCUAUUUGGACAAUAUGAAAAUGAAUCAGGAGGAGCAAAUUGUACAGGCACAAUGGAUGAGCGAAUGGCUCUCACAAGUAAAGGGGGAAUUAUCGGAUAUGUUUAACAUAUUAAUUUCCAUUAAAGGAUAUCACAGCAAAAUUCUGGAUGCAGUAUCUGCAUUUAGGACCACGGUAAUUUAUUCAAUAAUUUUGGCCGUUAUAUUGUUUCUGACUCUUAAUGUCUCAACUAAGUCUUUGAGAUCAUUAUUGAUUACGUAUGUUAUAGGAGCUUGGCUAGUAGAAUUGUCGCUGAAAAAGCUGUUUAGCACACAGUUUAGCGUUUGGAUCGAAAUGAGUUACUUGAGUAAUUAUAUUACGACUGCCGCUUUACACUCGAGAAUGUCCCAGUUGGUUCGAUUGACAUUAGGCAUUUCUUGUUCCAGAAUUUGGCUCAAGAGUUUAAUCACUUACAAGUCGCCAGAGGAAAUAGUAAGGUGCGAAAUGAAGGAUCUGAAGAAGCUGUUAAGUAAUAGCCAACGAUGGGUUGUAAAAUCAGUGAAACACGAAGACGUAUAUACACUGGAGGACGUGGUUGCCACUUACAACUCAGAUGCCUCAAGCGAAGGUACAUUCGACAGCUAUGGUUCAUCAACAGAUACAUAUGAAUCGCAGAGUCUGGGAUCAGAUUCAAUCAAUCUGGUAAAUGAACAUCUGUCAGAGCUCAGACACAGUAGGAGGCAGGGUAGGUGUAAUUACAGUUACACUUAA